GAGUGCCACGACUGUGCGGACGACAUUGUUGUCAGUGGCCCAUUGAUGUUCGAGUACGGCGAGACAAAAAAGUGCUUAGACUACGACACAGAAGGUGGGCACCUGCUCGUCGCCGAGUGCCACGGCGGCCACAAGCAGGCAUGGUAUUUUGACGGGGCAGCAUUGAAGUCCAAGUAUGACGACAGAUGCCUGGACUAUUUUCAAACUGGGGGCAAUGUGUUCAUGCACCUCGAUUUGUUGUGUGCAAAGUUUCAC